ACGCAGAGAAAUUGGAAGAGUUGCGGUGGUUCGCGACUGUAAAGUAUGAAUCGUAUUAGCUCCGACUGGCAAACCACAAGCCGCUGCCGCCGCUAAUCGGAGGAAGAACUUGCUGCUGUUGGGUAACAAAUUUCUAAAGUCGUCUACUUUUCCCCGAUUGUUCAAAUUUACAGCUGUUUGUGCUGAAUCAGUUGAAGAAAUAUGUAUAUACUUCUUUCCCAGGAGUAGCAAUCUGAGAAAUUAUGUGGCGAACCAGUAGAAGUUUUGCUAAAUGUAUUAGAUUGGACUCGACCGAAUUCCAUUUUGGUCCAUUCAACCAAUUUGUUCAGAGAAGAUGGGGGAAACCUGCAAAUACUGCACAGACCCGCCUGGAGGAUAGAACGAGGGACUCUAAGCUUGAUAGGAUAGCUGCUAACCUUAGGAAACUCAGAAUCAUCCUCAAUCUCCAUGAGCUGAUGUCGAAUCGAAAGCGUGGGCCUUUUGUUUCUGUACAACUGAUGUCCAGGUGGAGAAACAUUGUGGGGUUGAAUGUAGGUGUAGGUGAGUUCAUUCAGAAGUAUCCUCACAUAUUCGAGGUUUUCAUACACCCUAUUCGGAGGAAUAUGUGUUGUAGAGUUACGUCGAAAUGGGAGGACUUGAUGGCUGAAGAGGCCGGGGUUAUCAGAGAGAGUGAAUCGAAGGAAGCCCUCUGGAGAUUGAAGAAGCUGUUGAUGAUGUCCAAGAAUGGAACUCUCCAUGUUCAUGCUUUGAGAAUGAUUAGGAAGGAACUGGGUUUGCCAGAAGAUUUCCGGGACUCGAUAUUGAAUGAGUAUAAAAGUGAUUUUGAGCUGGUUGAUCUGGAAACAGUGAAAAUGGUUAGUAGCAAAGAUGAUGAGAGAUUGGGUGUGGCAGAGAUCGAGAAAUGGAGGGAGAAAGAGUACAAAGAUAAAUGGCUGAGUGAGCUCGAGACGAAGUAUGCAUUUCCUAUUCAGUAUCCCACAGGGUUCAAGAUAAAGGGAGGGGUUAGAGAGAAGAUGAGGAAUUGGCAGAGGCUUCCUUACUUAAAGGCUUACGAAGAAGACAAUGCAGGUGGCUUCAGCAGAAGUAGUAAUGUGGUGGAGCGAUAUGAAAAACGUGCUGUUGCGAUGAUACACGAAUUGUUGAGUCUGACGGUGGAGAAGAUGGUCGAUGUUCAGAGAUUAUCACAUUUCAAGAAGGAUUUUGGUAUGGAAGUGAAUGUGCGUGAGUUGCUGUUGAGCCACCCUGGAAUUUUCUAUAUAUCAACCAGGGGGAAGACUCAAGUUGUUUUCCUUAGGGAAGCAUAUGCAAAGGGGUGCCUGAUUGAGCCAAACCCAAUUCAUGUUGUUCGGAAGAAGAUGUUGGACCUUAUAUUGGUUGGUCGCCGGAACACAAGGGAACUGCAAACAGCUGAGGAAUUACAAAGGCCGGAAAACAAUUUGGUUUCGGAAUAAAGAACUAGGAUGGGAGUUUCAAAUUCAGUUUCGAUAUAGUACAGAGAUUUCCAGAGUUCACCGAACAUUCUGCCUUUGGAGAACUGCCCUUGAUGGCUCGACAUGUGAUUGGUAAGUGCAGUUUAUGUGUUUAUCUUUGUGCAUGAUCAUUCAUUGCGUAGUCCUUUAUGAGCGAAGCUACCAAGUUACAAUCUCUUCCUCAGAGAAAGGUUUAUCUACCAAAUUCACUAUCUGAUUUGCGAACUCCCUUUGUACAUUGUGAUGAUUCAACUGGGCGUUCAGCGAUUGGUGGCAGCAUCAAACUUGACAAAAGCAGCAGCAAUUGUACCUGAAUGGACUGUCAUCUGCGGCCGAAAGUUGCUCACUUUUUGCAGCAAUUGUACUUGAAUGAACUCUGGGGGAAACUAGUUGUCUGGCGCUGGCCCUCAUGAGUUUUUAUGGACGAUCGCUCUAGGGAGCAUACUGCCGGCUGCUCUUGUCAAGAAGAAACACAUCCUAUUGAUAGAACAAGCUGAAAUCAUUCAUCCCAAAACACAAGCUGAAGCAGGAUGCAGUAGAUGCAUGAGGGGUAUUGUUUGUCAAAAUUAGUGGCGUCAUCACCACAAUACAUCCUUCCUCCCAUCUUGAUAAUCUGUUGCUGCACACUAAUGGUUUGAUACCACUUCACGAUACAUAGAACUAUGAUUGCUUAGUUAUUCGAUCUUCUCUAAUUUAACAGACUAUUCUCCUGUACUAGAGGAGCUCUCAAAGAAAUAACGGAUCACUUCAUACGAUAGGCUUAGUGAAUCUUGUGUUGUGGAUACUUCAGCCUCAAUUUGUCCAAUCUAGUAAAAGGAGACGCUUCUGAUGACUCAAUUAACGGCUUCAUUCUGCUGAAGGGGAAGAGGUAAUCUUUCCAAGGGUUUCCACUCUCCAACUAACAAGGACACAUAAGUGGAAAACAUCAAGGAAGCCAGUUCCAGAGUUAGAUUGGGGAUUAUAAUAAGGCUCCGGCAGCUGACAGGAAGCCUGUUCCAGAGUUGUCAGCAACUUAAAACCCAAAGAAGAAAGUGCAGGACUGGCAUAGGUACAAUCUUCUUAGCUUCAGAAUCUUGAGUGACUCGUGAUGAUCACAAGCAAUGAUGGAAGCAGCUACGUUGCUAAAUUUCCCACGAUGUAGGGUAAUGGACAAAUGGUGAAGCUGGCCACCAUUGGCGGCAGCAGAGCAUUGCAUGACACUAUGAAACAGCCCUAUACCAGGUCUUGUACAGAAAUAUCUUCCAAAAUCAAAGGUGAUGCUCCUC